AUGCACUUAGCUCCUCGCACGUCGGGCGCGACCCUCGAGGCCUCCUUCACGUCGCUGCUGCUGCAGUACACUUCCUUCAACUGUGGCAACCGCCCCUUCCACCUCUUCGUCACCAUCGCCGUCAGCACGCCUCAAGGGCUACAACCCCUCGCCUGUCUCGCGUCGCCGCCCAUCCACGUGGAUGCGCGAAAGCGCACCAAGGGCGAGCGGCCUGACGCGUGCGCCGGCGACGUGCGCCUCGUUCAGCGGCAGCGCACCCAAGUCGAGGCCUCCGCUGCGCCUCUUGGAGGUAGCAACGGGGCCUUGAACUUGGGCGUGGACGCCAUCGAGCUGCUCCAGGCGACUGCGUCCGUCGUCGUGCUGGUGGGCCUAGAUUGGACCAUCAAAGCAGCGCUGACCGCCGACCUGUUUGGCUACCCGCGAUCGCAACUCCACGGCCAGUCCCUCCUCCGCCUCAUGCACCCUGAGGAGCACAGCGCCCUCACGCAAGCCGUGCAAGCGCUCGUCGCCGGCGCCAGCGCCGCCAGCCCCCCGUCGCUGCGCGUCACGCACCGCGUGCUGCCGCGCGAGAACAGCGUCCCCGCCUUCGCUGACACGAUGAUUUCUCUUCUGCGAGGCCAGCCCGCACGUAUGCUCGUCUCCUCGCGCUACGCCGUGCCCUUCGACGCCCACGGGGCGUUCCGCGUGUUCCCCGCGCGCCAGGCAGGCCUCCUCUCGGGCGCGUAA